AUGGUUGUGUUACCAAUCAGUUCUCUCAAAUGGCUUCAAGUUUUAGCUCAUGCUACAAUAUUUUACGGUGGAUGUGGAUUUGUUUUACUUCAUGCUGGUAGGUUUUUUAUUUAGUUUUUUUUGCCAGAGAAGUGUUUUUAGCCAAUUGUAAAAAAAAAUGAAAUUUUUUAAAAUUAUGUCUUUUAAAUAACAUAUGAAACUUUUUUGAAUAACAAUAGAGUUCAUUUGUAACAAACUCCUCUAUAACAAACUCUUAUAUAAAAAACUUCUCUAUUUGUAACAAACUUUAUACAGUGGAACUCUUGUAUAACGAAUCGCUCGAAGACUUGAAAUGUGUUCUUUAGAAAGGAUGGAUUUUUUAAGUGCAUACUAAGGACGUUAUGAUUUUUUAUAGAAUGCCCAUUUUCUCCGGAAUUACAAAUAUUUUCAGUUUGGCAGCUUGUUGAGAAGAAAAAUGUAGCUCGGUAGUUUUUAACCUUUUUCUUGGAACACCAUGUUCAGGAGUUCCACUGUAUUUAGUAAUUCGUAGGUUUUUUGAAAUUAAUUUAGUACAUUAGUGUGAGGACAAGGUAAAAUACGUAUAAUUCAAAUUUUUUUCUUUUUUAAACCUAUCUUUAAUCAAUAAGCCAACUCUUAUUCUACUGUAAUAAUACAAAAAAUACUAUAAAAUAAUGUUUGAAAAAAUACAUAGGUUGCAAAGUAACUUCUAUUCUUUCAGCACGAUUCAUAGUAGCUCUAACAACACCGUUCAUUCAUGAAAGCAAUCAAACUUUGGUUAUUUUGCCAAGAAUAGAUGCUGACGUACCUUUGAAGUAUUCAAUGACACCAUUGUACGAGUGGAGAGUGGUACCCAAGAAGAUCAAGUGA